AUGAGACCAUCCGCUAUUGCCAUGGGAAAACACUUCGGAAAUCUCGGAAAGGUAUUUUUUUCUCAGAGAAAAUUUAUUGGAAACUGAAAAUUGUUUUCAGAUGUAUGGAGAACAUCGAUUUGCUCUUUCGCCAAAUGAGCAAAAAGCCUUCAAAGGAUUCUUCGAUCAAGCAUUUGUCCGCACUUUCAAAACUUAUGUUUGGGACCAAUGGUAUUAUUACAUCCCACAAGUGAGUUUGUUUUUCGAAAAUAUCUUUCUUGAAGAACACGUUUUUUUUUCGAAAAUCCUGGGGUUGGUUUAUCUCAUUCUAAAUUGAUCCGUCUGAUGAUGUUUACAAAUUUAAGCGAUUACUACUUACUGAUCUUAUUUGAAACUUCCGUGUGAACUUUUAAAACUGAAGAUGGACCCAUUAGACAAAAUAACAAAAAUUUGUUGUCUGACAAAUAUUCUGCUUAACAUUUAAGAAAUAUAAAUAAUUAAGAAAUGAAGUGAAGUUUAAUUUCCCGAAAUGAAAAACAAUCAAGUUCACGUUUUCAAAAAAUUAUUACAUUUCAAAAUUUUUCAUCAAAUAAUUUCGCUAAUUGAAAAAAAAACACGCUCUGAACCAUAAUGUUAUUCUAAUAUGAAUAGUGCUUAUAACUAAUCUCAAUAACAUAUUUUAAAGCGCCAAUUUUUAUACAAAGUUUGAACAUUUUCGAUGCAUAUUUUUUGUGAAUAAAAAAAUAGAAACAGUGUGAUUUUUCAAUAUGAUUAUUUUUCAUACUCCUUGUAAUCAAUAACCGUUACAAUUUUUCCAGACAAUUGGAGCUUAUCUUUUGUACGAUUGGGCCAUCAAGACAAAUCACCAUGCUAUGCGCAAAAACCCAGCCGAUUAUGCCAACGACAAGUAAAUAAUUUGUAAGUGUGUUUUGUUGCUAGAAUUAUUCUCAAAUGUUCAUCAAUCUGUAAUUUUUAGCCUCCAUCACAUUAAUUUGAAUUACGAAUUUUCGUCGUUUUUUAUUUGGUCCGAAUAA